UAUAACACACGCACUUGCCUCUGCUGCUCCUCUGCCUACCUACUGCCUCCAUUUCCAGUCUUUGGCUAAGCUACUACUCUACCUAGCUAAGCAUCUUCUUCAUUUUUUUCGGUGGUGAUCGGAUGGAAAGUGCGAGGAGCUGCCUCAUGGACGACGUGAGCAGCGGCGCGUCCACUGGCAAUAAGGCGUCUGGGGUGCCGGCCGCGCCGGCGACCAAGCCGCUGCGGCGCGUGGGCAGCGGGGCCAGCGCGGUCAUGGACGCGCCGGAGCCCGGCGCCGAGGCGGACUCCGGCCGCGGCGGGCGGCUGCCGUCGUCCAAGUACAAGGGCGUGGUGCCGCAGCCCAACGGGCGCUGGGGCGCGCAGAUCUACGAGCGCCACCAGCGCGUCUGGCUCGGCACGUUCACGGGGGAGGCCGAGGCGGCCCGCGCCUACGACGCGGCGGCGCAGAGGUUCCGGGGCCGCGACGCCGUCACCAACUUCCGCCCGCUCGUCGAGUCCGACGCGGACGACGCCGCCGAGCUCCGCUUCCUCGCCGCCCGCUCCAAGGCCGAGGUCGUCGACAUGCUGCGCAAGCACAUCUACCCCGACGAGCUCGCGCAGCACAAGCGCGCCUUCUUCGCCUCCGCGGCCGCCGCGGCGUCGUCCCCUACGUCAUCGUCGUCACCUCCCUACUCGUGGGCACCUUCAACCGCGGCGGGGCGGCGCGAGCACCUGUUCGACAAGACGGUCACGCCCAGCGACGUGGGGAAGCUGAACCGGCUGGUGAUCCCGAAGCAGCACGCUGAGAAGCACUUCCCUCUCCAGCUCCCUUCGGCCGGCACAGCCGUGUCCGGCGAGUGCAAGGGCGUGCUGCUCAACUUCGACGACGCGGCCGGCAAGGUGUGGAGGUUCCGGUACUCGUACUGGAACAGCAGCCAGAGCUACGUGCUCACAAAGGGGUGGAGCCGCUUCGUCAAGGAAAAGGGCCUGCACGCGGGCGACGCGGUCGGGUUCUACCGCUCCGUCUCCGGCAACAACCAGCUCUUUAUCGACUGCAAGCUCCGGUCCAUGACGACGACGGCGGCCACCACGUCGCCGGCACCCGUGAUGAGGACCGUGCGUCUCUUCGGCGUCGACCUUCUCACGGCGCCGGCGCCGAGGCACGCGCCAGAGCACGAGGACUACGGCUUGGCCAAGACAAACAAGAGAUCCGUGUCCGUGGACGCCAGCGUAGCGGCGGCCAUUCCGGCGCACGCGGUCUGGAAGAAGCGGUGCGUAGACUUCUCGCUGACCUAUAGACUUACCACCACCCCACAGUGCCCGCGGUCUGGAAGAAGAGAUGAACUAGUACAAGCAGCUGGGAGUACAUUUGCUCUAUAGACCACUCGCCACACAGUGCCCAAGGUCAAAAUAUCAGCUGGAAUCAGCAGUGCAAAUACUCUUGACCGACUCACAUUCACGUACUAGUAGUGUAGUAUAUCUAGCAGGAUUUUUUUUUAAAACUUCCGAUGUGUUCAUCAAACUUUAUGUAUAAAGAACAUCAGAGGUAACACAAAUUGCAUGCAGUCUCAUAGAUCACCUAGCAACGACUACAAGCAUUAGAGUAAGCCGAAAGUGCACCGCCGUUAUCUCUCCUUUCUUAUCGGAGCUGGGCAAACCUUAUGGUAGUAGACAGUCGAGAGGUCCUGGUCCUAAGG